AAACGGUUUGCAGUCGCGUAUUUCCGGCGCCCAGGACCCCUCUCUCUCUUUUGCACCUCCAGCGAUUACGUCUGCGUUCGAUACCCUCCAUGUUUGCUUUGCACCACGUCCUCCAGUGCUCUCGGUUGGUCUAGUAGAGCCCUGGUCUGUUCUGCAGUCACCGUGGAAUAUCGGGCAAUCUGGGCUCAGGACUUCUGGGCGCCUUACGCAGAGCAUAAACCAUAGUCUACGAAACUUACGGCCUGCACAAUACAACUCUCAAUCAUGAUGACUCAGGACCUGCAAGAAGCUGAGAGCGGGUAUUUCCCAAUCAGCGACCGACCCAAGUCUCCCAGCUCCAUACACAGCAGAGACUCCAUGUCAAUACAUUCGUCGCAGCCGUCCGCCAUGGUGGCGUCUCUGACCGCGUUGCAGUACCUGCCAGUACCUCUGCUGGUCCUAUCAUCAAAUAAGACCGUAGUGGUCGCGAACGAGGCCAUGGGGCGUCUGCUGGGAAUCGACUUCGAAAGUACCGCCUAUCAUGACUUUUCGAUAUCUGAGGUCCUGCAGGACAAGACAAUGGGAGAGCUCGGCAUUGACAUUCUGCAGAAUGGAUCACCACUGUUAGUGUCAUGGGAGGACUUUCUAGAUUGUGUGAUCGACGAUGCCCAAACGAACAGUACCGAUGAAGAGAAUGACCAGCUGCAGAGCGGUAACACAACACCCACAGCGCACUCGACAAACGAACGGACUUCCUCCCCAUCGAAUCCCCCGCUGCCCCUGCUGAGCAGUACAAACCUGGCGCGGACUACUGUACAUGACGUCUCUGUUGAAGUAGUUGUUUCGCCACUCAUGCGCGGUCCUGGCGGUGCCGUACAGAAGAAAGACAAGACCUCACAACAUGGCGCGUUCCAGGCCACUUGUAUCAUUUCGAUAUGGAAAAUAGAGGACACUCAGUACUUCACUCUGACUUUCACCAGCACCACAGCUUCGCAAUCAGUGGGCAGAGCGCGCCCUUCGAGUCGAGUCGUCAAUCGCACCCACACCGGACCUCACCUGAACAAGUCGCGCGGCUCUGGAUCGAGCUCAUCAUCAGGACACCGUUCGGGUAGCAGCUCGACCAACGCCUCAAAAGUCGUCACACCUACAAUACAACAGCCAAUCUUCCCACCCCGUGGACCACCCAUACUCGGUGAAUUAGAUACGUCUACGAUCUCAAUCUUCCAAAAGGCUACUCAAUUGAAGGAUGCGCUUCUCAACUCGAUUAACAUGCCAGCAUACGCCAUGUGGAAAGACGAGAGUUUCGGGAUACCAAAUCAAGCGCUUCUACGACUUUUGCCCAAAGAUGCUACGUAUACUCCAGGCGAUCAGCGGGCGUUCCUCGCUCUGUUCAAGGUCUGGACGGAGGACUUCCAGCGACCGCUCGACAUCGAUGAGUUUCCAAUCGUACAAGUGUGCAGGACAAAGCAGCGUAUUGAGAAGGUGCGACUUGGUAUGCGCCAGUUAGGCACCGGCAGGGGCAUUGUAUUCGAGGCCACCGGAGAGCCAGUGGUGCAUCCGGAAACCGGCGACUUCUUGGGAGGAAUUGUGAUAUUCAAGGAUGUGACAGAGUAUACCAAGGCGAUAGCAGCUCGGGUGGAGGAGAACGAGAAGCAGUUCGAGUACAUCGCCAAUUUUAUGCCGGUCAUGGUCUGGACAACAACGCCUGACGGCCUCCACGACUGGUUCUCGCAACGCUGGUACGAUUACACCGGUCUUACCGAAGGACAGAGUCUGGGCGAGGGAUGGAGACUGCCUUUCCACCCUGAGGACAUGGUCACUUCGAAGCAGGUCUGGUUCAACUGCCUCGCCACCGGUGACGAAUACAACACAGAGUACCGAUGCCAGAGAUACGAUGGUGAUUGGCGUUGGAUGCUCGGGCGAGCCAUUCCUUUCCUCAACGAUGCGGGCAAGAUCAUCAAGUGGUUUGGUACUUGCACUGACAUCCAUGAUCUAGUCAUGGCUCGCCAGGAAGCCAAACAAACGCGCGAACAGCUGCGAAAGGUCAUCGAGCAUGCCAAAAUCGUGCUGUGGGCUGUUGAUAGGCAAAAUAAGGUGGUCUUGAUGGAAGGCGACAGAGGCCCCGAAAAAGACCGCAAAGAGGUUCUCGGUGGAGACAUGUUCGAGCAGUUCGACAUGAACGCCCCAGAUCGAGAGCGCUGGAGACAGCCAAUCCAGGAAAUUCUCAACGGCAAGGCACAAGACGAGAUGGUAGAACGAUACAUGUCUUCAAACCGCUACUUCCGAACGCGCCUUGUGCCACGGUGGAGUACUAUACGGACAGGCGGUAUUGAAGGCGAGGCAUUCAUCGACGGUGUCAUUGGUGUUUCAAUGGAUAUAACGGAGUUGCGAGAAAGAGAAGACCAGCUGAAGGAGCAGGAGAAGGAGAACUCGAGACUGUUGGCUAAUGCUGCAGCCGCCAGAGAAGCAAGCAGGAUGAAGAGUCAAUUCCUCGCCAACAUGUCGCACGAAAUCCGGACGCCGAUCGCUGGAGUGAUUGGUAUGAGCGAGCUUCUCUUCGACAUGAAUCUCAAUGAGGAGCAGAAGGAGUGCGCAGAGAAUAUACAUCGGUCAGCCAACAGCCUUUUGACUGUGAUCAACGACAUCUUGGACUUCUCCAAGGUCGAAAGCGGGCGACUCGACGUCGAGGAAGUGCAGUUCAGUCUCAGCGUGGUCCUCCGAGAUGUCAACAAGAUGAUGUCUUUCGCCGCACAACGGAAAGGAUUGGCGUAUUAUAGCUUCAUUGAGCAUGAAGUGGAGCAAGAUCUGAGAGUCAUCGGUGACCCAGGACGACUCCGCCAGAUCCUGACGAAUGUUCUAACGAAUAGUAUCAAGUUCACGUCGGAUGGAUCUGUGAAGCUCAAUGUCGCCAUCACCCAGAGGUCAAAGGAUUCGGUAACGGUGAACUUCAUGGUGCAUGACACGGGUAUUGGCAUUGAAGAGGAGGUUCGUAAGCACCUGUUUCAGCCCUUCAGUCAGGCGGAUUCCUCUACGGCUCGUCGCUUUGGUGGAACCGGUCUGGGCUUGACGAUCAGUAAAAACCUUGUAGAGCUCAUGAAGGGUCAGAUCUGGUUGGACUCGAAGCUGGGACAAGGCACUACAGCCACGUUCUGGAUUCCUUUCGCGAGAGCCUCCUAUUCCGAUGACGGGUCACCAUUGGUUGAUCUUGCGUCAAUCCCUGACAGGCUUCAGAGUGACGUGUCGGUGUCAGUAGGAAGCUCUGAAGAUCACACGCCGCCGCUGACCCCUAGAGACUCGCAUUCGAGACUUCAGCCGUUCCCGAUCGGAGGCAAGCUGCCGGAUCAUCUUGCCAGUAUACCGGAAUUAGAAAGGAAGAAUACCCACGUUUUGGUCGUAGAAGACAACCAUAUCAACCAGCAGAUCGCCUUGAAGACCAUCAAGAAGCUCAAAUUCUCGGUGAAUGCGGUAUGGAAUGGUCAAGAAGUUCUGGACUAUCUGGCAAAGGACUUCACUCCUUCUCAUCCACGGCCCGACAUCAUUCUCAUGGAUGUGCAAGUAAGUAACGGUGCACGACCGGGUGCUGAUCUUGUGACUAAACUUUUCCUGAAGAUGCCUAUCCGAGAUGGUUACUCUGCCACACAUGCAAUCAGAACUGAAGCACCGUGGAGAGACAAACCUGAAGUUCGAGGCGUUCCUAUCGUCGCAAUGACAGCCAGCGCCAUCCAGGGUGACAAGGAAAAGUGCACGCUGGCAGGAAUGGACGACUACUUGGCCAAGCCAGUCAAAGGCAAACUUCUCGAAAAGAUGCUUGUCAAAUGGGCGAUCGAGGGACGCCGAAAAACGGCACUUGCAAAGCUGUCCAAAAAUGCACCAGAUCGACAUGGGUAUCUAUCCACAUCGACCUCCUCCGCCACAAAUAACGUUAGCGCAAAGGAUAGUUCGCAAAUCGCAAGCCAAACGGACCGUCCUGAAACAACGGCGUCCGCACUGACCGCCCAGCUAGACCGGUUGCAUUAUCAAAGCGAUGCAGCAUUCGCAAGGACAUCGGAAAAUGAAGCGGACAGGGCUUUGAGGCGAAUACAGGCUGAGGAGAGAGAUACGAAGCUGCGCGACGACAAAUUGCUAUCACUCACCGGACCGCAGCUUCACCGCCACGGCACGGCUCAGGGUCGGGAGAGCGAGCCCACCAUGCCGCUCACAGAAGAGAACAUGGAGAGGUUUUCUCAUGCCCAAGAUGGCGAAGUUGUUGCACGUAGGCCGAAAGAAUCGCCAGAUGCCGGAUCAGAUGUGGUCAACCAGCCGCACAGCCGGACGCAGAGCAGGGCAGAGCAUCUUGCACCUCGACCGUCGCUUUCAGAAUCUCGUCUUCGCGAAAGCCAACAAACGAUCACUCCACAGGCUAUGUCCCCCGAGUAGUCUUGCUCAAGUGGUUUCGUGGCCUGAUUAUACUAUGAAUAAUACAACCAAUAGCCGCUGCCUUCCCUACAGUUUGAAGGUUGACCGAGCGGAUUUGCGUAGCUCGAGUUUCCAAGAAAUUCUCGGAGUCAUGUUGAGGAGAACUUCAAGUAAGUUACAGCACGGUAAAGAAGCAUGAAUAGUCCUGC